UUGGUCACUGUAACUAUUACCACAUUCAGAGGCACUGCUGUGUAUACAUGUAACAAUGGCUACAAUCUGACUGGUGAUAUGACCAGGACUUGUCAGGCUAAUGGAACUUGGACUGGGACUGUUCAAAUAUGUGAUCCUGUCAACUGUGGUGACCUCACUGACCCCACCAAUGGAGCAGUGAACACAUCCUCCGGAACCACUUUUAAUAUGAACGCUACCUACACCUGUAACACUGGCUACAAUCUGAAUGGAAUUACGCCCAGAACUUGUCAGGCUACUAAUGAAACUUGGAGUGGCAGUGAACCAACUUGUGAAAUUGUCACCUGUUCAAUCCUCCCUGCUCCCACCAAUGGAAUGGUUGAUGAACCUAGAAAUACCUUUGGAAGCAAUGCCACCUACACCUGUGACACUGGCUACACUCUCAAUGGAGACACUACCAGGACUUGUGGGAACGAUGGAUCUUGGAGUGGCAGUGAACCAACUUGUAAUUUUGUUGACUGUGGCCCCCUCACUGGCCCCUCCAAUGGCUUGGUCACUGUAACUAUUACCACAUUCAGAGGCACUGCUGUGUAUACAUGUAACAAUGGCUACAAUCUGACUGGUGAUAUGACCAGGACUUGUCAGGCUAAUGGAACUUGGACUGGGACUGUUCAAAUAUGUGAUCCUGUCAACUGUGGUGACCUCACUGACCCCACCAAUGGAGCAGUGAACACAUCCUCCGGAACCACUUUUAAUAUGAACGCUACCUACACCUGUAACACUGGCUACAAUCUGAUUGGAAUUACGCCCAGGACUUGUCAGGCUACUAAUGAAACUUGGAGUGGCAGUGAACCAACUUGUGAAAUUGUUGACUGUGGAGCCCCUCCCACUAUUUUUGACGGCAGUAGGACACUAGCUGGUACAACAUUUGGAGAGAUGGCCACCUACACAUGCACCACUAGUGGGUUCAGUAUCUUUGGAUCAGCCACCAUAACUUGUCAGGCUAAUGGGAGCUGGGAACCUGAGCCAGCCUGUACUAUGGGUCCCAUUGAUUGUGGCCCACCUCCCUCUGUUUCUAAUGGCUCUCCUGGAGCACCCUCACCUGACACAAUGCUCGAUGGAAUGGUGACCUACACCUGUGACACUGGGUAUGAGGUCUCCACUGGAGUCACCACAGCAACGGCUACCUGUAUGGCCAAUAGGGUGUGGGAGACUGUACCAACUUGUCAACGCGUAGUUUGCGAAGCUGAACAGGAUUCUGUAUGGGGGCUUGUGUUCCCUACCACUUUGGCUGGCUUUUCUUAUUCCCAGCAAUGCCCACAAAAUGGAAAUGGAACAACUUUAGGAACUGCAACUCGUUUCUGUACACUGGGUGGUGUAUGGGAAGCAGUUAAUACAGAUAACUGCACUAGGGAAGUAAUCAUCUCACUUAAUAACACGGCAAAUGAACUAUUUUCUAGAAAUGCAUCUCAGAACAAUGCAUCUCAGAACGAAGUUGACAACCUUCUUGUUUCUCUUGCGGAGGCUACUAGUGUAAAUGCAACAGGAGGCUCAACCAUAUUCCCCCAAGACCUCAGCACUACUAAUUUGAUCGUCAAGUCAAGUGUGAAUUACCUCAUUCAAAAUGUAGAAACUGCUAGUCCCAUGUCUUCUCUCAAUUUCAGUGAAGAAGUUAUGAACGUUCUCAACAAUGUUUUGGAUGAGAGGAAUACCGGAGGAUGGGAAAGAUUGCAAGAGGAUUCUUCUGCUGAGAGUCAGCAAUUGUUGUUGAGUGCUGAGUUAUAUGGUCAGUAUGUGUCCUCGGCACUAAGGAGUGAAGGUGUGGAUACAGGCAACGUGACGGAGAUCACCCUUAUGAGACAGAACAUCGUGCUAGCUGCAAUGGAAGUUGACACCACUAGUUUGGAUAACAUUAUCUUUCCUGAAGUUGUUAAAGUCAGUGAAGAAACAGGCUCAGCUCAAACUGUGAUACCAGCUACUCUUCUUGCGGAGAGAGGCGCUCUAGAGGGGGGUGUUACAGCAGUCAACAUUCUGUUCUCCAACUUGGAGGAUUUUCUUCCAAAAACUAACCUCGGAAUGAACACAACCAGACCAGUUUCACAGGUUAUUUCUAGUCAAGUCUUCUCUAAUGUGAAGUUAAAUAACUUCCAGACAAAGGCAACCUUCAGAUUCACCACCCAAAAGUUUUCUGAAGAUGAAGUAGCCGAAAAUGCCAAAUGUGUAUUUUGGAGUGUUUCUAGUGAUGCGGCGAACAGCAUGUGGUCCACGGAAGGUGUGACUACAGUAAGUGUGGAUGAAGACUCGCAAAUGAGAGUAUAUAAUAUUGUCUGUGAGAGCAGUCAUUUCACCGCAUUUGCUGUUCUAAUGGAUGUUACUGGAGCACUGAAUGAUACAACUGCAGAGAUCAGGUUUGCUCUAUCGGUGGUAACUUAUGUUGGUUGUUCCAUCUCCAUCUUCUUUCUUCUGUUGUCUAUUGUCUAUUUCUUGACAUUGAGAAGAGAACUGCUGACCAAGGUUCAUAACUUCAUUCAUUUUAACCUGUCAAUUUCGUUGCUCCUUGGUUACGUGGUGUUCUUGUCAGGAGUAGAGACUGCUGUGGCCAACAAGGGAGCGUGUGUGUUUGUGGCUGUUCUCCUUCACUACCUGUUCACUACUGUGUUCUUUUGGAUGCUGUGUGAGGGAAUUAUGCUCUAUCUGAUGUUGGUGCUUGUCUUCAGCCAAAUAUCCAAAAAAUGGUGGAUAUUCUUUAUUAUUGGAUGGGUUGUUCCAGUGAUACCGGUGGCUAUAUCUGCUGCACUAAUUCAUGACCAGUAUGGCACAGAAGAGUAUUGUUGGAUUGCUGUUGGUGCCGGUGAUAAAGGAGCGAUAUGGGCAUUUGUUGUACCAAUGCUACUAGUUGUUCUGGUGAAUAUAUUCUUCCUCCUGGCUGCUUUGCGCAGUGUCUAUAGACGAGAAAGUCAACCAUGCAACGAAGUGGAAAAAAGCAGACAACUCUUCAAGGCCACCUUAAUUCUCCUUCCAUUGCUCGGGCUGACUUGGGUGUUUGGACUACUCUCAGUCAACAGGAGCACUAUUGUGUUUGCAUGGUUGUUCUCUAUCUUUAACUCACUGCAAGGCCUAUUCGUAUUCAUUUUCCAUGUGCUCAGGAGUGAAAAGGUCACAAACUUCAUAAAGCAGUGCAGAAACAGAAUCGAUAGUAUUGCAUCAACUUCUUCGUCAGGAAAAAACAAUCUCAGACUGAGCAAGAAUUCGACGAGUGGUGUUCAGCUCAAGCCAAUUGCAAGUAACUCUAGAUUCAGCAAACACAAUCAUAGUACCGUGCAAGACGAAGCCAUUAAAGUCGAUGAUACUGUAUCUGAGUCCGGCUUAGAGAUGUCAUACAUUGCUGAAUUGCUUGAAAAUGAUCAAAACUGGCACACAAAUGUGAUCUUUAAUGAUCAUUGGAUGAACGAUGCUUCAUACUCACAGGAAAACCUUGAAGCACGGCUAAUUGCAUAGAUUAUACUCACUGUUUUUUCACUUGCAGUGUCGCUAUAAUUAUAUAUACUAUAUACUAGCGGAAUGAAUUAUUCAAGUCCAUAUAAUUAUAUACUAGCUGUUUGUAUAAUUAAGACUUGUAGAUUUAGUCACCUUUUUAUUUUUGGUUCGUUUAAAACACGAUGCCAGGAAUUCAAGUGCACUUUAUAAUGAAAGAAAUCUCUAUGAAAAAAUUAUU